UGAAUAGACUUUAGGCGGGCAGUCGGUGAUUUUGAGAAAACGCUCGCAAUAGUGUGCUAUGGACAUCAGAGUGAGCAAAAUUUGAUAAGAUAACGGAGGACGUCUAACCGAUCAAGCCGGGGACCCCAGCUACCGCUAGCUUUGAAAUAAUUCUUCCCGCCCAUCAGGCUGUUCAAACUGGAUCAAUUUCUUUCUAAUUCCCUCGGAGGAUUUUACUUGCGAUCUGACCAAGGAGAUCUCAAUUCCCCAUAUGUCUCACGACAUCCCUGAAUAAAAAGAGUUCGUCUUCGGAGUGACAUGAACACAUUCCCUCCUUUCGACUGUGUUCCCUCCUUUCGAUAUGGUUUCUGCUAUGCCAGUAAAGUCAAAGCUUGAUUCCCAGCAUGUCAAGGCAGAGCUGCCGGUCUUCACUCCCCUUCCAUAUACCAUAUCGCAAAUACGUGCAGCAAUCCCAUCUAAAUACUUCGUUCUAUCGACUUCUCGCGCUCUAACAACUCUCGCACGCGACAUUUUCAUGGCAACAUUCUUCUUCAUCCUUGCUCUUUACAUCCCCUCCAUUCAGUUAUCAUACCCAUUCCAUGUUUACACCCCCCUUCUUCGUGCGGGUGCAUGGAUGGGAUAUUGGUGGUUCCAAGGUCUUACACUUACCGGAAUAUGGGUGCUUGGACACGAAUGUGGUCACGGGGCGUUCAGCCCUUACACAUGGCUGAAUGACAGUCUUGGCUUCGUCCUUCACAGCUUCCUCUGGACUCCCUACUUCAGUUGGAAGAUUGGCCAUCAUAGACAUCACAUGACCCAUGCCAGUAUGGAACGCGAUGAGGUUUAUGUUCCCAAAACGCGUUCAAUUUUAGGGAUUCCUUCCAAAGAGGCAGAGGAAGAACACAGUAUUGAUUGGGAGGACUAUUUCGGCGACACACCUAUCUGGACACUAAUGAUGCUGAUCCGGCAACAACUUCUCGCGUUUCCGGCUUAUCUGAUGUUUAACGUAUCGGGUCAACCAAACUAUCCUCCGAACACUAAUCAUUUUUCACCCUCCUCUAUACUCUUUACGCCGGAUCAACGGAACGCUGUUAUUCUGUCCAACAUUGGUAUUGGGACUAUGAUUGUUCUUUUCACUGCAGCCGUGCGUCAGUGGGGAUGGUGGAAUGUCAUGGCGCUCUACGGUAUACCGUGGUUCGAAGUCAGUCAUUGGUUUGUUAUGAUAACUUAUCUCCACCAUACUGAUCCCACUCUGCCGCACUAUCGUGCUCCGAAAUGGACCUUUGCUCGUGGUGCCGCAGCCACCGUCGAUCGACCCUUCCUCGGGUGGAUGGGACGAUGGUUCCUACACGACGUCGCGCACUAUCAUGUCGUACAUCACUUCUUUCCAAAAAUGCCCUUCUACCAUGCACCGGCAGCUACACAACAUCUCAAAGCAUUCUUAGGACCGCACUAUCGUUGGUCGGACGAACCCGUAUUUCAGGCACUAUGGAGAAGUUAUAAUGACUGCCAGUUUGUUGAAGAUGAAGGCGAUGUACUUUUUUAUAGAGAUAAAAUGGGCCGUGCUGCUGUCAGGGCUGAGGACGAAAUUUAGGUCGAAGCAGCUCACUCCGCAAAGCUUGUGGCAUGUGUCGAAGCGGAUUCCAUGGCUUUUCAGCGGAAGCAAAAGCAGACAUACGAAAAACCAUAAUAUAAUAGAUUAUGAUAAUUCGAUAACGAUGCCACGAUUCACGAAUAGAACUUGCGUCAUUCUCCAUUAGAGUUACGCGACAAGGCACAGACGCGUAUUAGGUU